ACUAUAUCAUGUCCAAAUCACAAUCCAUCCCGCUUCUAUAAGCAUACCAACCAUUUUUUGGCAUUCAUGGAAUCAUUCAAACAUCAUGUUGCAUCGAGCACUGUAAAUCAUAGACUCAUUGUUGACACCAACCCUCUUUCGCUCGUCGUUGACGUCGGACGUGAACUCCGCCUUUGCAUUAUCUGCGUCUGCAUUGCUUGGACCACGGUGUCCCUGGCGCGAACCUGGACCGCGACAACUAACUUUGCCAGCAAGAAAGGACCGGCCUCAUCGUGAUAGAGGUGUCCGUCCUGUUUGAGAAUACUCCAUUUUACUAGCCUGCGUUCCAGUUGUCCCAGCUCUCGCCAUCAUGGUUCUCUACCUGAGAACGAUUUGCUUAACUCUAGCCUGGGCCAUCACAGCCUUUGCAGAGGAUCCUCUUGAGCAGUUCUCCUUCGGACACCAAACACCUCUCUCCCCCAAUUCCUUCGCCAUCCCAGGAUGGUCAAUGCUAGGCGAAGGCCACGUGCCUCAGCUUCUAUCCGACAAGGUCAUCCUGACUCCACCCUACGGCGGCAAUAAACGUGGUGCACUUUGGAGUGAGAAUGCAAACUUAUUACAAGAUUGGAUGGUUCAGUUCAAGUUCCGUGCGGGCGCGCCGGAUCGAGGAGGUGGAAAUUUGCAACUGUGGUACGCAGCAAACGGAGAGAAACAAGUUGGCACAUCCACGAUAUAUACUGCUGGCAUCUGGGAGGGCUUAGCGAUCGUGAUAGACACUGUUAGUGGCACUCAAAAGGUCCGGGGGUUUCUCAAUGAUGGUUCAGUCGACUACAAGUCCCACGCAAAUGUCGAUGGCCUGGCAUUUGGACACUGUGACCACGCCUAUCGCAACCUGGGCCGGCCUUCAUUGAUCACCAUCAAGUCGACUCGGAAUGGUGGGAUCGAUGUCCGCAUCGACGGCAGACAUUGUUUCAACACCAACAAGGUGGUCCUUCCAACCGGCUAUGACUUUGGCAUGGUCGCCUCCUCCUUCGACCCUCCAGACUCUUUUGAAGUCUUCCAGUUCUCCCUUGCCCCGACGACACCCACCCCUCCCCCUCCUCCCUCGACGCCCGAUCAUCACCAACAUGAGCAACCCGUUGAAGACCAACAGCAACCCCAGUCAGGAUCUGAUUCACAGUCAUCCUCUUCUGCCUUCAGCGACGCUCAAAUGAUCGACAUGCAUAAUCGCCUGAAUCAGCUUUCCAAAUCGAUCCAGAAUUUGUUCCUUGAGCUUCAGCGGCAGACAGCCGCUGCAGAACAACGACACAACGACCUCGUUUCCAAGCUCCCCAAUGGCGGGCUCAUUUCAAGUUUGGACUCACGCGUCUCCAACCUGGACCGAAUGAUCGGGAAUCUCGAACGUGAACUCAAAUCAUCCGAUCACAACACUCAAUUCCGAAAACUGAGCGAACAGCUCACACAGACACACCAAGGUGUCACUGAACAUGUGCCAGAAAGACUACGAGAAUAUGUCCAGGCUCACACGCCACGCAUUGGAUUCAUCCUCUACAGUUUCAUGGCGUUUCAAACUUGCUGCGUCGGCGUCUUUGCAUGGUUCAAAUGGCGGAAAAGUACCAUGCCUAAAAAGUACUUGUGAUUUGCCUAUCCAUUGUAAAACACACUCGGGGCUUGCCCAGACUACUGAGACAAGACCUGCUUGGUGGGGGUUGAUCCGGGACUUGCUGGGGACCCAGGGAAGAACUCCAUGUACGAGGGUCCCAUGGAUAUGGGCCAUGUAAUUUUAACGCUUGGAUGACAUGAAGAAAUCUAGAAAUGC